UCAAAAGAGGGAAAAGAGAAAGAGGGAUCAACGACGCCACUGAACUAGUGUCCCGACGGAGCUGCCACGCGAGGCGAUCAGAGUUGCCGUGCGAGACGAUCGGAGCUGCGACGUGAAUGACCGGAGCUGAGAUUUCGAAAUAGGAGUUUCUUUUCUUCAAAUAUGGAUGAGAGCAUGAAACAGUUCCAAAAAAAAUUGACAGAACUGGAAGUGGAAGCUGAGCAUCAUCUCUUAGCCCGACAACAGCUGGUUGAGAAUGAUAGAUUGAGAAAUGGGAAUAGAGAAGCACUUACUGCAUUAAGGAAAAGGGCUCGGACAACAACAAGCAGUGUUCCAUCUCCUUUCGAGUCAAUGAUGAGGGGAGUUGCUGGGAGCUCAAGACCUUUGGUUCAGGAGGUUUGCAACACCUGUGGCAACCAUAACACUUCUGAGCCGACAUGGAUGAUAUUUCCAGGAACAGAUCUGUUUGCCAGAAUACCGUUUCAUGCAGCUCAUACUAUAUUGGAAACAGAUCAAGCGAAGCUUGACUUUGAGUCAAAGAAACUACAGAGCAUUAUGAAGGAAAAAGCUUACCUUCUAUCAGAGUCAGGUGUUCUUGCAGACAAGAUAAGCCCUGGAUUGCUCAAAUCGCUUGUAACCUUAAAUGACAAGAGAAAGUAAGAUGCCUUGACCUGCUAUAUAGUGAGAAAAAGCUUGUCGUUGCAUUGUCAACUGGGUGGAAAAUCAAGUCAUGAAUUUAGAACCAACGAAGAAGAAUGAUGUCUGUGCUCAGUUUAAUAUCAUGUAAUUAUUACCUGUUUCGUGCAAAAUUAUGAGUUGUGGUAGCCUGGGGUGGGGAUUAAACAGGAAUUGGAUCAGACAGAUUUGGGUUAGUUUAUCAUAAUAUGGCAAAUUAAAAGUUUGAUUUUUUUUUGUUAGUUUAUAUUUAGUUUCUAAUGGUGCUUCAAAUAAGAUUGUCACUGAAGUUGGAUAUUUGUGGGAAAAGUGUUAAAUUGAGCUUGAACCAUUGACUUUGGUCAAGUUAGAGAAUCUAGCAUUCGACAACCAUGUGGUUUCCA